ACAGAAAUGGCACAACAAAAAGUUGAUUGAAACGUAUUGAAAAAAUAACCUUCGGAGGAAAGAUUUGUCACCGCCUUUCUAAAUCUAGCGACUUUCGUUAAAAAUGAAUCUUUCCGUAGAAGAGGAAAAACGAAUUUUUAAUCUUUUACAACAAAAAAAUUGUUGCUUAAGAUGUUGUUUGCGGUUCAUUGGAUAUCGUGCACCAAAUUGUUUCCAAGAUCCUGUUACAUUUGUAAAACGUUCAGAACUAUAUUCUGCGAUAGAAGAUAGUUUUACAGACGACGUGCCUUGUGUGGCUUGCUUGGGAAUUCUUCAGAAUAAAAUACAAGAGUUAGUUAUUGAAAAAAUUCAAGCCGAAGUAGAGAAAGAAAAUUAUGACAGCGAUACUUUUCUAUGCGCAUUGACAAUACCUGUAUGCAUAAAUCUCAGAGAACGUUUGUUGCACGUUCAAUCUGCCACCGAACUGAAGCUCUCGGAAGAUGCAUUACUUAAUUUUAAAGUAAAACUACAGAGUAUCAAAGAUGUUUGGAAAUGGGUGAUGAUUCCUAAAAUAGAAAAUGCAAUUAAAAAGCAGGCAGAUAUAACAACACCAUCCCCGUUUCUUAUCGACGUUAUCUUUACAUACAAGCAUAAUGAAAAAGAAUGCGAAACAUUAUUGCAUAACAAGAAAAGAAAAUGCAACGAUAAUAAAUUCAGUAGAAAAAGCAUAGAAACUUUAAUGAACAGUAUUACGGAUGAAGAUUUUGCUAAAUUUUUCAAAAGUUGCUCAUUAGAAACAACCAGCAGCGUUGACGUAGAAGAUAUACUAUGUUCAUGCUCGAGUAUUUUUGUAGGAGGUAGAUACAGUAAACUAUCAAGAGAACUUAGUCAAACACCAUGGUUCAUAGAUGGGAUAAAAAAGAUGGAGACAUCUGUUCAAGACAUAGUGUGUAAUCCUAUCAUCGAAGCAAUGAAACCUCAAUCUAUUAAAUUUUUAUCAUCAGGAAGAGAAGAUGUCGAUGUUAGAAAUAUAUAUGCAGGGAGGCCAUUUGCUGUUGAAUUAAUUAAUCCUCGAAUGACAAAAAUAACAGAAAAGUUACUAUCAAAUUUAGUCACCCAAGUAAAUCAGACUUCGCAACAAGUACAAAUCACGUCGAAUUUAAAAGUUUUAUCUAGGAUUGACUUAAAAAAGUUGAAGGAAGGUGAGAAAGUUAAAACAAAAUUUUAUCGAGCACUAUGCAUAUGCCGUAACGGAUCGAAAAAUACACUUUCCCUCGAAGAAUUAAAUAAUACAAAACGAAUAAAAAUAACUCAAAAAACACCGUUGAGGGUAUUACACAGAAGACCUUUGAGCCCUAGAAUCCGUUUAAUCUACGAAAUGAGAGCUCGCUGGGCAAAACCUCAAGAACUAAGAAAUCUAUUGGACGUUAAAGAUGAAGAUAUUAACAAGUUUUUUGUACUUGACAUUAAAACACAAGCAGGAACGUAUGUGAAAGAAUUUGUGCACGGAGAUUUUGGACGAACUAAACCAAGUUUAUGCGAUAUUCUUCACUCUGACCUUGAUAUAGUUGCAUUGGAUGUGACAGGUAUUAAUUUAAAUUGGCCAUAGGAAUUAUGCUAAUAUAUCCCCUGUAGCUUUUUACUACCUAUUAAAAAAAAAACAAUAAAAAAACUGCAAAAUUC